GAAGCAUUAUAAGUAAGGUUAGUGUCGUGUAGACAUGUUUUUAUGAUACAUAACAAAAAUGGCAUCGAAAAAUGUGAAAGUGGUCGGUGGUGUGCUCGUAGGGGCUGUUGUUUUAGCUGGAUUAGGAGUAUUGAUUUGGUUUUUAGUAGGCAACAAUACGAGUAAUGUAAAUGAAGAAAAAAGGUACACUACUCAAACAUUGAAACCCGGUACACCACUCGAUAUGACUGUUCCCGUUAUUACCGAGAUAUCCGGCGUCGGAAACAUGUUCUGGUGGUUCUUCCAUACCAGAGCACUAGGAUACACUCAUGAUCACCCUGUUAUAUUGUGGUUGGACGGUGUAACUGGCGUACCACCCAGCUUAUUGGCAAAUUUUGGAAUGUUUGGCGAAUACGAUAUCAAUUUAAAGCGUAGAUCAGACUCCUGGAUACGUCGAUACAAUUUACUUUUCAUUGAUGCACCUUUGGGCACAGGAUUCAGUACUCCUCUAAGUGUUGAUAAAAUACCAAAAAAUAUUGAUGAAGCUGCUGAACAUUUGGCAAUAACUUUGGAAUCAUUCUACGAGGUUAUGAUACAUUUUAGAAACACUCCUAUGUACAUUUUCGGUGAAGGACAUGGGGCUCAGCUAGCUCUGGCACUUGUGCAAAAACUUCACCAGAACAAUGCAGCCUCUUUGGUUCAAGGUGUAAUUUUAGGAAAUGGUUUAAUUGCUCCAGCGGAAACCGCAACGAAACUUGGUUUCUAUCUUGAAGAACUUGCCUAUAUAGAUGGCAGUGGUCGCCGAGCGAUCGAUAGUUUAACCAGUAUGAUAGCUAAAGCGGAAAAAGUCGGAAGACCUGAUUUUGCUUUUGAGCUAUUUCAAACUUUAGGCAACGCUGUCAACAAAGAAGGUGGUGCCGUGGCUGUCAAUCUUGGACACAUUGUCCAAAAAUUACCUAAAGAAUCUCUUAAUGGUCCUCAAGAUUACUUCGGCCAGUGGGAAUACUUACAGAGUAUUAACCCCGAUCUUAAUACUAAUACUAUGAAUUUAGCAAUUCGUCCACUAUUGGGGAUACCUUUUACUGAUUUUUACGAUGUACAUCGACAGCAUGUUAUAAAUGCUUUCAAAGACACUUUAAUGAUACCGGCAGUUGAUCGAGUUGAAUACAUUCUUCAAAAUACGAGCAUUCCCGUCACUAUUUAUAAUGGUAAUUUGGACGCGGUAUCCAAUACUCCAGGACAAUUAGAAUGGGUGAAUAACCUCCGAUGGCCUGGACAGGAAGAAUUUUUGGAAAGUCCGAGGACUCCUUUAUUUGUUAAUGGAUUACUUGAAGGCUAUUAUAGAAACACGACGAGACUUCAGUUCUAUUGGGUGAACGUAGCUGGACAAUCGACACCGCUGGAUAAUCCUGUUGCAAUGGACGCAAUUCUACACGGAAUCAUAAAAGAUUAGUUCAACCAACUCUUCACCCCC